CCUUGGCUCAAAACGGUAACCGCCGCCAGAGCCGUCUCUCUUACUUUCUGUGCUCGCUCGCCCUGCGCCGGCGGCCGCCGUGUCACCCCGGGGGAGGAACCGCACUCCCAAGAAACGAGGCUUCCCCUGCCUCCUCUCCCCCAUUGGUGGUCGCGCCGCCGGUCCAACUCACCUACGGCACUAACUCCCUGCGUCGCUUCCUCUACAGGGAGUUAGGAACGAAAACUAGGGACGAUAUCUCCUCGGCACUAGUAUCCUGGCUGUCCAAACCAGAGACAGAACGAGAACGACGAGGGAAGAAGAAAGGAGAUAACUUCCAGGACAUCCGACCUCGAUCGGCUCAGUGGAUCCAUAAAGUUCGAUCACCCGCCUCCAUGAGACCUGCGCACCCUACUCAUACACGCCUAAGAAAAGUUUCGAAGCAUGUCUUCUUCUACAGAUUACCCAAACAGCACUUCAACUCCUUCCCAACGCAACAGCAAAUUCCUCUCCAGCCCAGGCUAUCUCAGGCUAUGUACUCAGAUCUCCUUCUUUCUGCUACACAAUCGCAAUCUUUGCUCCAUGGGAAAGAAGUGCAUUCGCACAUCACCAAGCAGUGCUUUGUUCCUUGUCUGUUCUUGCAAAAUACAAUCCUGAACAUGUACUGCAAAUGCAAAGAAAUGGUACUUGCCCAACGGCUGUUCGAUACAUUGCCUAGAAGAGAUAGUGUCUCUUGGAAUUCACUCAUCUCUGGGUAUUUUCAAGUUGGUCUCUGUUGUAAAUCCUUGGAUGUGUUUUGUAAGGCAAGAGGUACAGGAGCAAAGCUGGAUCGUUUCACCUAUGCCAGUGCACUAAAUGUGUGUUCUAGAACUGAGGAUUUGAAGACAGGGAAAGUGAUUCACGCGAUGAUUCUAGUCAAUGGAUCCCGACAUGUUUUCUUGACUAACUCACUCAUUGACAUGUACUCAAAAUGUGGCAAAAUUGGUGAAGCGAGGCUGGUUUUUGCUAGUUCAACUGAAGUGGAUGAUGUUUCUUGGAAUUCUUUGAUUUCUUCUUAUGUUCGAAUUGGUUGGGAUGAGGAGACAUUGAGGACGUUUGCUCAGAUACAUCGGUUGGGAAUACAGAUGAAUCCUUUUGCUCUAGGUAGUGUGCUCAAGUCUUGUUCAAACAUCAGCAAUGCUGUGGAACUUGGGAAGAUGAUUCAUGGAUGCAUAACUAAAGUUGGUUUGGACUCCAAUGUGUUUUUGGGCAGUGCACUCAUAGACUUGUAUUCAAAGAAUGGCUUGUUGGAUGAAGCACUUGAGGUGUUUAAGUCAUUAUCUGAUCCUAAUGUCGUCGUCUUCAAUUCCAUGAUUGCUGGGUUUUCAAGGUCAGAGAUGGAUAGAGAUAAAGUUGAAGUUGAAGCAGUAAGACUCUUCUCCGAGAUGCUGAGGCGAGGAAUUAGGCCUUCAAAAUUCACAUUGUCAGGCAUGGUGAAAGCAUGUAGCUUAAUUGCUGAUUUUGAGGUGGGAAGGCAAAUACAUGGACAGAUACUCAAGAACAGUCUCCAAUAUGAUGAGUUCAUUGGAAGUGCACUAAUUGAGAUGUACACUGACUCAGGUUCCAUCGAGGAUGGAUUCAAAUGCUUCAAUUCUGUACCUAAGCAAGACAUUGUCACUUGGACUUCCAUGAUCUCUGGAUGUGUUCGAACUGAACAAUUUGAAAGGGCACUGAGAUUGUUCCACGACUUGCUGAGCAAUGGCAUAAAGCCUGAUCACUUCACUCUAUCAUGCUUAAUGAGUGUCUGUGCUAAUCUAGCAGUGGCAAGGUCCGGUGAGCAAAUCCAGUGUUAUGCUGUUAAAGCUGGAUUCAGUUGGUUCGCCGUCAUGAAUAACUCCCAGAUCUUCAUGUAUGCUAGAUCCGGAAAUAUUGAUGCUGCUAAAACCACAUUUCAGGAGAUGGAGAAUCGCGAUGUAGUGUCUUGGUCUGCUAUGAUUUCGAGUCAUGCACAACAUGGUUGCGCAACAGAUGCCCUGAUGCUUUUCAAGGAGAUGGAGGACUGCCCAAUUGUGCCAAACCAUGUCACUUUUCUUGGUGUUCUUUCUGCUUGUAGCCAUGGAGGACUGGUCGAAGAGGGUCUUCGAUACUACGAAAGCAUGAAAAUCGAUUAUAAUUUGGAUCCAAAUGCAAGACACUGCUCUUGUAUAGUUGACCUCCUUGGACGGGCAGGAAGAUUGGUCGAUGCUGAGAAGUUUAUCCUGGACUCGGGAUUUCAUGAUGACCACGCAUUAUGGAUGGCUCUUCUAGGUUCAUGUCGCAUUCACAAGCACAUUGCGAUGGCAACUAGUGCCGCAAAACGAAUAAUGGAGCUCGAUCCUCAUUCCUCUAGCCCAUAUGUGAUACUUUACAAUAUGUACCUCGAUUCUGGGAGGAAAUUCUUUGCCAUGAAGACUCGGAAUUUGAUGAAAGAAAGAGGUGUGAAGAAGGAACCAGGUCUUAGUUGGAUUGAGAUUGGCGCAUCUGUCCAUUCUUUUGUUGCAGGUGAUAAUUCUCACCCCGAGAGUCCUGCAAUAUACGAGAAACUAGAAGAAAUGCUAUCCAAGAUCAAGAAGAUAGUUCCUAACAACCAGUGUGAAGCCUUUGUGAAUCAUCACAGCGAGAAGUUGGCAGUAGCAUUUGGAAUGAUGCAUCUACCUGCACUGGCACCAAUUUGUGUUAUGAAAAACUUGAGGGUGUGCAUGGACUGCCACACUUCGAUGAAGAUGUUCUCGAUGAGUGAAAAGAGGGAGAUUGUUCUAAGAGAUCCAUUCCGGUUUCAUCAUUUUAGAGAUGGUUGCUGUUCUUGUGGGGACUAUUGGUGAAGCACAAACAAUCAAGUUUUGUAGAUAUUGUGUACGUAUUUGUUCAUUUAUUUGAGUCAAAUUGUUUUAGAUGCUAACACUUUGUGAACUGAUUAAAAGGAAUGUAAAUUGGUGAAGAAUGCACUAGCCAAGUGCAACAAGUAA